UUAGAUGGGUGGAGGCCGAUCUGUAUACAAUAUCAACAACAGUCUAUUAUGCUCACAACUGAUUUUCCCUACACCACCCAGGAUUUUUUUUUCUUUUUUCUUGUACUUCUUCUGGGUUUGACUGGGUGUGCCUGCUCUCUGUAACAUGAGAGCCACAUGACCAAUAGGAAGGCAAACAGUCUGGAAGUUAGAGUUCUUCCGCAAACUUUAUGAGCGUUUGCUGCGUAGUAAGAAGCACAAGGCCUACAGUCUACAGUCCAACAACACUGGAACAGAGCUUCUGAGAGAGACGUCAGCAAAGAUGGCAAAUCCACUACAGAAGCUUGUGUCUGAGAAAAAGGACAUGGUGGAGACAGUGAUGGAAGUGUUUGAGCAAGGAGCUGAAGUGGUGGCCAGCAUCGCCGGUGACCUCUUCCCCGUCUUCGCCAUCGCAGCCCCGAUUGUCAAGCUGGCUCUGGACAACGUGGAGAGCAAAGAGGCCGCAUUCAUGAAGGAGCAGUUUCAGAAGGUCAGAGAUCGGCUGGAUGUAGUGUCUGAGGAGCUUCAGCGGAUCAAUGAGGAGAUCAAGAAGAGCGGAGUGGAUUCUACGUACUUCCCCGUUGAGGAAAACAUUACUAAUCAGUUCAGGAAGUACAUGGACAUCCUCAACGCCAAACCUAAGUUCCGGGAAGUGAAGAAGAAGCUCUUCCUGGAGCAUUUCGCCAAGACCGGAGGCGACAAAAAUAUUAACACCCUAUUCAACGUUGUGAUGGGAGAAAGUUUCUCUGGGGAACCUUUGCUCGAGAUCAUCCUUAACUAUGAGGAGAAAAAUCGCCGGGUGAUGGAAGACUUUUGCGCCCGUCUGAAGAAGCUCUUCUGCAUUGCGCUCAUUGCACUGCUGGGCCACGCUGCUCUGAAAGGAUAUGAUGAGGAGGACGAUCUUCUGAAAGAGUGGGGUGAGAAGAUGAAGGCUGUCCAGGGUAAAAUGAACGCUGUCAUUGAAGACUGCAUCGUCAGCUUCCCUAAACAAGCUGAAGAAGACUCCCGACGACUGGUGAGAGAUCAGCAAGAUUUAACCAACCAACAGCUAGCCGAUGCUAUGAUAGAGAAGCUAAAGAAGAAGUAUGACUGGGUGGGCUGGUCUGUGCGUAUAUUUAAAUCUCCUUCAGGCCUGUUUGUCAACAAGAAGGAUUUCCAAUGUGCAACGGGAAAGAACCGCUUCCAAGUGCCUUCCUCGGAUGAGAAACUGAACGUGUGGGUGUCCUACAGCUCCUCGCCUGAGCCUGUGGACAAGAGCCACAUCCAACAGCUGAUCCAGUCUCAGAAGAAACUCACAGUGGUUGGGGUCGCUGAGUUCCUGUUCGAGAAGUUACCCGGCGACUGUGUAGUUCACACAAUCAAAUCCACCAAAGACCUGGCCUGCUCGUGGAGCUUCGAAGAUGAACUUCACUACUGGGAGGAGCACAAAAACUUCUACGUCUGUGUUCACUCAGCUUGAUGUUUUAGACACUGAACAAAACUCCAAAAGUCACUCAUUCUGCGUAUGUGUUUGUUUGUGUACCACAUCAUCAUUUCUGCACAGAUAAUUGGUGCACCUUUGUUUAACCUGAGCUCCUCUGGGCAGUUGUUUUGAAGCCCUUAUCUAAAUGAAUGGGUACAAAGCCAGAAUAUUUACUUCAGUGGUCAUUAGAAGAUAAAAAGACGUUUCUUCCAAAAGAAUGGUUAAAAUGAUUUGUUCUCAACAGUUAUACUUCUACUAAUGAAAAGUUUGAUAAUGUUACAACUCAUUUAAUUGCUCAGUCUGGAGUGAUGACACAAUCAGUCUCUGUUCAUCUCACCAGCACCGGGAACAGACAUUUUGCAUAUAUAAAAGGAGUAGACAUGUUUGCCUUUAAACAGUUACAGUGGUUAUGAAUAUGGCUAAUAUGUUUCCCAGGUGUUGAUUAGGGUCAAAACAUCUGCAGUCUUUGCCAUUAAAGAAUUUCAUAGACUUUCAUAGAUUUGUAUUCAGGAUUCUUGUAGUACCAGUGUCUGAUAUUAUACAGUAUAUGCCUUCCCAAACUGCACUACCAUAAUCAUUUUUUUUAUGCUGAAAUGUUCUUUUUUCUGACAUUCAUCCACAAGAAGUUCACAUAAACUAGACUGGAGAAAAGGCACAAAGAAUUGUGAAUACAAAAAUACAGAGAAAUGAAACAGCAAACAUGGUGGUUGAUCCACUAACGAACAGAUCAACAGCUGAAAUGUAGCGGAGCAUGAUGUUCCACAGUUGAGGUUCAUGAUUGUGCUUAAAUUGUGUUGUGGGAGGCAUAUUUACUUGUUAUCUAGUAAAGCUAUAGGUAAGUGUGCCAUUUUCCUUUUUUUUCUGCUAACUCCAAGCAUAACGAUAAUAAGUGUGGUAUAUGUCUUACCUAAAAAAGCUUAAAAGCUUUUUAAACAUUAUUUUGGGACAAAAUCUCCAAACUCAGGAAGCAUUUUCUCGCUUUCCCUUGACCACAGAAAUGAAUCCUGAGGCUCUCAUCCUGUUCAGAGAGAAAGAAGGUUUCAAAAUAACGGCCCAAAUGUGCCUGAAGGUGUUGCUAAGGUGGCUGCAGAGUAGUAAGACUUUAUCCAGCGUUGACCAAACACAGCUGUGCUUUGUUUCUUUCUCAAGACAGAUACAAGUGCUCACCUCUUGGCUUACUUUGCAUUAGUGUAAAUUGUAUCAUUUUUUAUGAAAGUUGUGGGUUUUAAAGUUUUUACAGAAACUUUGCCAGGAGCUAAUCAGCUAAUAUUUUCCACUGUUAUGAAAUUUGGGAGGACGUGGUUGUUUCUUUGCAGCAGGACAUGCUGGGGACUUUGUUGUUACGGUUCAUCUGUCACAGAGAGAUUGUGCUUGUGCUGGUGCUGAUAAGUGCUGACUUCGCCCUGUUGAGGACAUCUACACCAAAGCCUUUGAGAGAAAAUGAUUCCAGGCAUUUAGAGAGACUGAAAUGCAAAUUAUUCUUGUUCUCAGUUGGUGAAAUAAUAAUAAAUGUCUUCACUUGAAGCUGUACAGCACACAGCACAAGAGCUCACAAAAGGCCUCAGUUUUUAUUCACACCCUGUUACUGACAUGCUGAGGUACUGUUUUGUUUACUGACAGGUGCCUAAAAUAUUCUUGUGUCACAAUUUUGCCUGUGAGCUUGUGCAACAUAAACUGGAAGUUUGAACGUACCCAAACCCCGAUCUUCACUUUUUUGAGGGUAUAAACAGUUUUGGGUUUUUUGUGGGAUCAAUCUUGGUUUUGGGAUAUGAAAUUAAUAGAUUUUUUUUAGAUUUUAAUACAAAAAUUGUAUAAUCUGACCACUAUAUGGACUCUACUUUAUAAGGACAGUAGCAGCUGCUCAUAGUUUUCCACACCACUAUAACCAAUCUGUCUUCCUUCUGUUUCUUUAUUAUUUUAUGUUAUUAUAUAAGUCUAAUAAAUUUUACUAAUUAUCAAUAAAAUUGUAUGCAACACUGA